AUGUCUGGCAGCGCGCCAAAAAGUAUCGGAAGCGAAUAUGGUGCCGUGCGCGCCAACGUUGACAUCCAAAAGCUCAAUACGUAUCUGAAAUCACAUGCACCGGUUGUCGCUGCUCCCGUAGAGGUGCAGCAGUUCAAGUUUGGACAGUCAAAUCCCACAUACUUCCUGACCGACGCAAGCGCGAAGCGAUUUGUGUUGCGCAAAAAGCCAGCGGGCCAGCUGUUGUCCUCGACUGCUCACCAAAUUGAGCGUGAAUACCGCAUGCUGAGUGCAUUGCAUCGAUACAAUACCAGCCCGACCACAAAGCCAGAGCAGAUAGUCCCUGUCCCGCAACCCUUUGUCCUGUGUGAGGACAAUAGCGUUAUUGGCACUCCUUUCUAUAUCAUGGAAUACCUCGAAGGGCGAAUAUUCACGGACACCAGAAUACUGGAACUGCCGCAGCAGGAUCGAAGAGAAUGCUGGCUCUCAGCUGUCCGGUCGUUGGCAGCAUUGGCUUCUCUCGACCCAUUCCAAUUGGGCCUCGAGAACUUUGGACCGACGACUGAUUACUUCCCCCGUCAAAUCAAAUCCCUUACACGUGUAUCGGUCACUCAGUCUCAGGCUAUAGAUAUCGAGACAAAAAAAGCGACAGGAAAUAUUCCGUAUUUUGAAGAAAUGAUCAGUUGGUACCAGAGGCACCUCCCGGACGAGAGAAAAACUGGGCUGCGGAUUGUCCACGGAGAUUACAAGCUUGACAACAUGAUAUUCCACCCAACAGAAAACCGGGUAAUUGGCAUACUAGACUGGGAGUUGUGUACUCUAGGUAGUCCACUCGCUGACCUCGCGAACCUUACCCAACCAUGGGCAAUCGACGCUCGCCAUAUACCUAAGGGCUCCGUAAUCACUGAAUUUACGAUGAUCAAGUCGUUCAAGAAUGCUACAAACGAUGUUCCUAUACCCUUGGAAGACCUUGAGCGCGAGUACUGUAGGCUGACCAGCCAGCCAUAUCCCAUCAAGGAGAUGGUCUUUGUCCGUAGUUGGAUGCUCUUCCGACUUGCUAUAAUCACGCAAGGUAUUGCUGCGAGAUAUGCGCAGCGGCAGGCAAGCUCGGAAAAAGCUUUCAUUUACCCACAAUUGUUUCCUUUGGUUGGUCGAUUGGCAAAGUCGGUCUUAGAAGAUGACGGAUCCACUACUGAUGUAAAGCCAAAACUAUAG